GCGGCGGGAGCGGCGGGGCCGGAGCGAGCUGAGCCGAGCGGUGCCGAACCGAGCCGAGCGGUGCCGAGCCGAGCCGAGAGGUGCCGAGCCGGACGGGGUUCGGCCGGGCCGGGCCCUCCCGCCCCCGGCCCGCUGCUGACAGGCGGCGGCGGGAGGCAGCACGGCCCCGGCCGUCCCCAUGUGGCGGACACUGGCCAUCGCCUCCGCCUUCUUCCCGGGGCUCUUCGUCCUCUGCAUCCGGUUGCUGCGCUGGGCCGCCCCGGGAUGGAGCCUCAAGGAUCGCAUUCUCCUCAGCGGCAGGUUGGUGUCCACGGUCCAAGCCACGAUGGCCACGGUGUCGGGGCUCAUGGUUGUCCUUAGCUGCAAGGACGUGGUGCACGACAGGCACUGGUUGGCUGUCGAGUACAUCUGGGUCCUGGUUCCCUACAUGACCUAUGACAUUUAUGUCAUGUACCUCUGCCACUGGCACAAGAGCUGGGACAAGGGGAUCGUGGAGAAGAAGCACUCACUGGCCAGUGUGCGGAGCUUCCUCCUGCAGGAGCGGCUGAUGGUGACCCACCACCUCUUCAUCCUCAUCGUGCUCACCCCCAUCACCCAGCACUUCAGGGGAGAGCUGGGGGACUUCUUUGUGGGCUGCAUCUUCAUAGCAGAGCUGAGCACACCUUUUGUGUCACUGGGCAAAAUACUCAUGCAGCUCAAAAUGCAGGACACGCUCCUACACAAGGUAAACGGGAUCGUCAUCCUAGUGACCUUCUUCCUCUGCCGUAUUCUCCUCUUCCCCUUCAUGUACGUGGCCUAUGCCAGGCAGGUGGGCAUCCCCGCUUACCUGGUGCCUUUCCGCAUCCCCCUGCACUGCAACAUAGCCAACGCCUCCCUCAUCGCCCCCCAGCUCUACUGGUUCAGGCUCAUCUGCCGCAAGGCUGCCCGGCUCUACGGCGGCUCGCCGGCCGACAAGGGCAGAUAACAGCCCAGAGUGGGGCUGGAGAAGGCUCAGCCCCACCCCUGGCUCUUCCACCUUCACCACCAGCGCUGAGGGGACCACGGCGGGAGCGGUGGAAGCAGCCAUCCUGCUGGGCUGUGGGAGCUGGAAGCAGCCUGACUGCCUGUGCUGCUGUGCCAGCCUGGGCUAGGAGGGCUUUCUUCCCACGCUGCUCCAGUGCCUUGUGUCCUCCCACCCAUGGAAGCUGAGGGCAGGAACCAGCCAGGAGGUCUGCCCAUAAGCACGACAUUCCCCCUGGGAUUCAACGCUGCAGCACAGAAGUAACGGUUACACGAGAGGGGUUUGUUACAAAUCCCCCCCCCGCUGGGCCUUUCAGGGCUGACACCAGACACCCAUGCCCAGCACUGGAGCCUGGAUCUGGGUGAUGCUGGAGCACACCCAGCAGCAGCACUGAGCUCUGGAGGAGCCACAUGCUGGACCUGCUGCAGCCCCAGCUCACUCCUCUGGCUCUGAUUUGCAGCCUCCAGCUGAGAGCAGAGCCAGGCCUGGGCGCUACAGCACGGUUCUGCACAGCCUGUUCCUGCACAGCCCCUUCCUGACCUUCACUGACUUCAUCCCUACACUACAGCCUCGAUCAGCCUCUCACCUCCCUCAGCUGCAGGGCUCAAACUCACUGAAGACUCCACUUAACCCAAAGGUGCUUUUCACCACAACUGUCCUGACGUCUGUGGCUGAAGCUCCCAGGGUAGGAGGGCUCCAGUGUCCCCAGAAGCACUGGAGGGGAGAGAAACUCAUGCCAGAAUAGAGGAACAGUUCUGUUCUCUCAGAGCAAGGCCGGCAGGGCAGGAUGGGGACAGGCUCACAGUGCACCGUGGGGUUCACCCACCUCCUCACAGGUUCGUGUAAGUCAGCAGCAGUUUGGUUCCCUCCCUGCAGCCUCCUCCUCCCUGUAGGUCCCCUGCUCCAGGGCAGGUACUGCACCAGCGUGGCCCCAGCAGCCCCCUGCAUCUGGAAACCUGUGGCCACCAUGUGCCUUUCACUCUCUGAAAAGAACAGCCAGAAGGGCUAAGGACCUAGUUCUUUCAGGUGUCAGAUCUUAUCCCAGCCAGGGCUGUAUUCUGGAAGGAAUAAAAUAAAAGGGCUCUUCCUACACGCAGUCAGUUACUGCAGAAAUACGACUGCUACACGAACCAUGGAGACCAGCUGCUGUUCUAAACCACUUGCUACCUGUUACACGUGUUUGUAUCUCGCUGUUUUCAUUGCAAAUCAUGUGCCUUAUGUAAGGGGGGGGAAAAAAAAGCAAAGCCAACAAGGCAUCUCAGUUUGCACUAACACUGCCCUAGUUACUACUGCACAUCUCAGGAGACCAAUAAAGAUUUCCUUUCUGAGUCACACCA